CUGGUCUUGAAUAAAUGAGGAGUUCAGAUCAGAUCAGUGGUACUCUAUUUCUCUCCUGAGCCAGAGACAACAUUAAGAGAGUCUCAUGGUGUCCCUGUUUCUAACUUACAGUCAUGACUUCCUUCAGUUCAUCACUCUCUGAAGGGUGGCUCAUUUGCCAUGCAUGUCUGGAGGUGCUCACUGACCCAAUCCCCACUUCAUGUGGACACAACAUCUGUAACAUAUGUAUCGAGGCAUGCUGGGAGAGUGGACAGCUCUAUAUAUGCUCUAUCUGUAACAAAGCAUUUGAAAGUAAACCAGAAUUGAAAAUAAAUGUAGCAUUUAAAAAGGUUGUGGACAGUUACAAGGUGCUUCAACACCAAACAAAACCAUUUCAUCAAAUUGUAUGUGAUGUCUGCACAGCAAACAAGCUAAGGGCAGUCAAGUCUUGUUUGCAGUGUGUAACUUCUUACUGUGAGACUCAUCUUGAAAACCACAAAACUGCACCAAGGCUCAUAAAGCACAAACUGAUUGACCCCGUGGAGAACCUGGAAGACUAUAUCUGUAAGAAACAUAAGAAACCACUGGAGAUGUUUUGCAGAGACCAUCAGACCUGUCUGUGUCUGGUUUGCUCUGAAACAGAACAUAAGACUCAUAACGCUGUUCCCAUAAAGGAAGAGAGUGGACACAAGAGGAUUCAACUGGAAAGGACACAGGCAGAAAUAAAGGUGAUGAUCCAGGACAGAUGUAAUAGGAUUAAGGAGAUAAAAAACUUAAAGAGCACCACUGAGAAAAAUAAAGCAAAUAAAGUUGAGCUGUUCACUGAUCUGAUCCGCUCCAUUGAGAGAUGUCGGGAUGAGCUGCUGGAGGUGAUGGAGCAGAAGCAGAAAGCAGCAGAAACACAGGCUGAAGAGUUCAUUAGAGAGCUGGAGCAGGAAAUCAGUGAGCUCAAGAAAAGAGACACUGAGCUGGAGCAGCUCUCACACACUGAUGAUCACCUACAUCUCCUUCAGGUCUACUCAUCUGUGUGCAGCCCCCCAGAAGUCAAGACCUGGAUGAACAUCAACAUUAACACUGGUCUACUCAACACAGAAUUUCUGGAUAAAGCUCUUACUUGCCUCCAGGAAAAAGUCAACAAGGAUCUAAAAAAAAUCCAUGAGAUCACUCAACCUUCUUUUAUUCGCGGAUUCAACUUUGUUCCACCGACAUCACAACCUUCAGCCAAUGGGAUAUUUGAAUUUGGCAGCACUAACACAGACUGUGUUUCCUCCCAUCCUUCACUUGUACCUAAAAGUUCUUCGGCUAUGGAGAAAAAAGAUCAAACGGUUACUGUGAGAACACAGCAGGGCAUCCCGACAGAGGUUUUAGAUGCUAAAACAAGCAAUGUUCAGACAGAGGGCAAAAUCUACUUUACUCUGGGUAAAACAGACUGCAGCACUCACUCAACGAAGAGAGCAGGAAAGAUGAACAAACAAGUGAAGGUCUCACAAUUCAGUGCGCGUUCUCCAGUAGCAGAUCUGAGUACAAUACAGAAACUUUAUGCAGUGAUUGUGGUUUUGGAUCCUAAUACAGCUUACCCUAGACUCAAGCUGUCUAAAAACAGGAAACAAGUAAGUUAUGGAGAAUCCUGGGGAGAUGUUCCCAAUAACCCUGAGAGAUUUGACUCCUCCGCUUGCGUCCUGGGAAAUGAUGGGUAUUCCUGUGGAAGGUUUUACUUUGAGGUCCAAGUUAGUGAUAAGACUGAAUGGGAUUUGGGUAUGGCUCGAGGAUCCAUCCACAGAAAAGGGAAAAUAACAGUGUGCCCAGAGAAAGGAUUUUGGUGUAUUUGGCUAAGAAAUGGAUGUGAAUAUGUGGCUAAUGAAUCUAGACCGGUUUCCAUUUCCCUAAAAGACAAGCCCCGGAAGGUGGGGGUGUUUGUGGAUUUUGAGGAGGGUCUGGUCUCCUUCUACAAUGUGGGGACCAAAGCUCUUAUAUACUCCUUUACUGGCCAGUCAUUCACAGAGAAAAUCUAUCCAUUUUUCAGCCCUUGCAACAAAAGAGGAUAUAUUAACUCAAAGCCUCUGAUUAUCCAUACUGUUGGUUAGUCUAAUUAAAAUACAAUCUACAUUCCUUUAAAGAAAUCAUUAAUACAACGACAGAUAUUGCUCAGUUGACACAUACCCCCUUAAGAUUGAAGUUAGGACCUACAGUAGCACAAAAAACAACAACAUAAUGAACCCAAAGGUGUUGUUGCAUUAACUAGUUGAGUGUUUUUUUGUUGUCAUGUGUUUGUUUACUAUUUACGAACAUGAAAUAUAAAUUUCAUACCUUGCUAGGUAAAUGUAAAGUUCAAGAACAAGUGCUUUGUUGCAUUUGGAACAAUCAGAAACAAAGCUGUUCAUUAGAUUUAACAAAUAAAUUAUUCAUUGACAGAUCUAAUGUCGUGUCGUAGUGAUGACGCACAUUGUCGCGCGACUCUUUUACUGGCUGUUUUGGAGAAAGAUCAACGUUUGCGACAAAAAAAAUAUGUGCAAACUGUAAUGAAGCAGAGAUCAGUCUGUUCCUCACUUUCUGUGCUGACGCUGAGAUCGUUUACCAGCUUGAGUGAAAGAAUAACGUGCCUAGCAUUUUCGACUCCUACAUUACAUGUCACGCCCUGAUGUCACAUGUCGUUUUGGGACCUUUACGGGUUGUGUGUGAAAGCACGCACAUAUCCCGGGUAAUCACUGGCAAUGUGAAGGUGCAAAAUCUAGUGACCCGGGAACAAUUGCCGGAACAAUUUACCCAUAUAUUUGCCGGAAUCUCAGUGUGAAAGGGGUUUAAAACAGACACAUAUUGCUAUAGGAAAUUAAUUCUUUCAUUAAUUCAUAAACAAUUUUUUCUCAGACUUUCCUAUCAUGCAUAUCCUCAGGUCUUUGUGUACCUCCUUGUAUAUGGUCUUGUGUAUUACUAUUUUAUGCAUGCAUAUAGAUCAUGUAAACUCAUCUAUACCAUGUAUGGUCUCCAUGUUUUCUUUUUCCGAUGAUCUAAUUGAGAGUGUAUAUUAUAUGUUUAUACCUGUGCUGUAACACAUUAGUGUUCUAAGAAUAUUUAGUAGUCUUUGCAUUAACAUCCAAUCCAGUUACAUAUGCAAAUUAGCAUGUUACAUCAUAAUCUAAUUGCAUAGACAUACAAUAUUAAUAAUUAUCUUGCUGAUUGUACAUUGCACAUUGUAUGAAUUCAUGUUUUUUUUUUAAGAUUAUUAUUUUUUCUUUAUUUUUCCUUAUUUAUUUAUUUGGAAAGUGAAUAAAAGGUUUUAUUG